AUGUCUCGUGGCCAUUUGCUCACUGAUGCUGAAAAAGCCUUCAUCGACGCGUUCAAAACCUCUGGUUGGACCAACAGGGCUAUCGCGAAACAUCUAAAUCGUUCCCACGAUUGCAUUAAUCGUUUUGUAUCGAACCGGACCCGCAACAAUCAACCCAACAAGGCUGGACGUCCUCCAAAACUCAAUUCAAGAGUAAUUUUUUCGGACGAGAAAAAAUUCAAUCUUGAUGGACCCGACGGAUUCAAAUCGUACUGGCACGACUUGCGGAAGGAUCCAGCCGUUUUUGCCAAAAGAAUUUCGGGGGAGGCAGUUUGA